AUGGCCGCGCCCGCAAUCCGCGUGGCUCGCACAGCCGCCACAAAAGCCCGUAGCCUGCUGGCCACAGUCCAAUACACCCACCCCCCCAACUGCCCCUGCCACUCCAAUCCCAACCAUCACCACAACCACAAGACUCCCUCGCUCAUGAACCAUGUCAAGCGGCACCUGGCCACCCCCACCGACCCCUCCCGCGAAAAGGAAUAUGCCUUUGAGAUGGCGGCGUCCAGCAUCCGGUUCGGCCCCGGCUCGACCAAGGAGGUCGGCAUGGACUUUAAGAAUAUGGGUGCCAAGCGCGUGUGCAUCGUCACCGACUCGAACGUGGCCAAGUUGGAUGCGAUGAGGCAGGCUGUGGAGGGGCUGACGAGGGAGGGGAUCGAGUUCACGAUUUAUGAUAAGGUGAGGACGGAGCCCAAGGAUAGCUCGGUCAAGGAGGCGAUUGCGUUUGCGAAACCGUAUAAUCCGGAUGCGUUCCUUGCUGUUGGUGGUGGCUCCGUCAUCGACACGGCCAAACUCAUGAAUCUAUACACCGUCUACCCCGAAGCCGACUUCCUCGACUUUGUCAACGCCCCCCUCGGCAAAGGUCUCCCCGUCGCAAAGCGACUUCUCCCCCUCGUCGCCGUCCCAACAACAGCAGGCACGGGCUCCGAAACCACCGGUACCGCCAUCUUCGAUCUCGUCUCGAAAAAGGCCAAAACCGGCAUCGCCCACCGCAACCUCAAGCCCACCCUCGGCAUCUGCGACCCUCUCAACACGCGCACCAUGCCCUCGGCCGUCCACGCCUCCUCGGGCCUCGACGUGCUCUGCCACGCCCUCGAGUCCUGGACCGCCAUCCCCUAUAACGAGCGCACGCCCCGGCCCACCAACCCCAUCAACAGACCCGCCUACCAAGGCGCAAACCCCAUCUCCGACAUCUUCUCCCUGCAGGCCCUCCGCAGCACCGUGCAGUAUCUGCCUCGCGCGGUACGCGACCCGGACGACCAUGACGCGCAGUCGAACAUGCUUCUCGCCGCCACUUUGGCAGGCGUGGGCUUCGGCAACGCCGGCGUGCAUCUGUGCCACGGAAUGAGUUAUCCCAUCUCAAGCCAGAACCCAGGCUACAAGCAUGUGGGCUAUGAUGUUGACCACCCGAUUAUCCCCCACGGUGUCUCUGUCGCGGUGACCGCGCCCGCGGUGUUCCGGUUCACGGCCGCGUCGAAUCCAGACCGUCAUUUGGCGGCCGCGGAGGCGUUCGGCGUGGACAUAAGCAAUGUGAAGCGGGAGAGUGCGGGCGAAGUGCUGGGUGAGGCGAUUGCCAACUUUUUGAUCAAGUUGGGUGAUCAGCCGAGAGGCUUGAAAGAUUUGGGCUUCAAGGCGGCGGAUGUGGAGGGUUUGGUCGAGGGGACGAUUCCGCAGAAGCGAGUCUUGAUGUUGGCGCCGAACUUGAGUGAAGAGUUGGAGGCCGAGAGGGGAGAGUUGCGGAAGUUGUUGGAAGAGUCGCUGGAGUAUUAA